UUUUUUUUUGACAUUUGUUUGUGCUUGUGGAAUAGCAAACGCUUCUUAUUACAAUAGAGUUAAAAAGAAAAAUUCACUAUGACGACCAUGACCUUGGAUCAAAGCUAUUGCCCUGUCACGCUUUGUAACAACGACAACAGCAGCAAAAAAGAUCUUGACACAAACCCAUCUUACGAUGGUGGCGAUGACAAGAUUCUUCAACACAUACUGAAAAAACUCGAUGAGGGUUCUGAAACGAUUAUUAAUUUACACUCACUCUUGAACAUGAAAACAGUUGAACUGAAUGAACUCACAAAUCAAUUACAAUUGAUCGACCAAGUCUUGACCAAUGUAGAAAAAGGCACUGAGCAGAUGGAAAUGAUAUUGAAAGAUAUGGUUGGAAACAAUGAUGAUGGAAGAACCGCCAGCAGCAUCAGUAUCCUCAGUCGGAGUAGCAGUACAAAGAGCAUGGCCACCUUAUAUUCUCCACAGGACAGCAAGUUAGUGGAUGCAGAAGCUGCUUUGGACUCGGCCAUUAAAUCUGCUUCUUGUCUUUACACUAUGGAUCACAAUUCGCGUUAUGAACCAAUUACAGAACGAGAAAUUCUGUUAAACAAGAUUUACAGUCUAUUGAAGCAGUUGAAUAUACCACUCUCUUCCAUCGAGGAUUAUAAAAAAGAUGACAUAAAAGUGCUACAGAAAGCAUAUGUGGAUCUUGAUUUGGCAAAAAAUAUCGCCACUUCUAUUCGGAACAAUUACAGAUAUCGAACCACCCUUUUGAAAAAGAGACAUCCACCCGUGGAACGAAUCAAGCAGAUGGGUGAGGAUAUUAGAAAACAAGUCGCUCUCUACAAAACAUACACGAAAAAUGCCUGCUUAUGUAUUCACGGAAAAGAAGACAUACUUUCUAUCUUGGAUCGCGAGGAUGCAUUGGUUUCAACCACCACCAUGCUUACGAAAAAGGUAAUUCAUGCGUGCCGUGUGACCCACACACUCUAUUGAGAACAAGUGUAACCAUCGUAUUUAACAUGGAGGCGCUUGCCACAUUUUCCUUUUCUGAACCCCAGAGAUACGUGCUUACUUCCGCCACAACACUGACUAAGCAGCGCCAGACUUUGCUUCCAUCAUCCACAACAACAACAACAACAACAACAACAACAACAACAACAACAACAACAACAACAACGAC